UUUCAUACCCCGCGUGUACGAUCUCUCUCCCCCCUCUCCCUCUCGCUUUCGCUCCAGCAGAUCCAAUCGCAACUUCGCAAGUUCCAAACCCUCCCAGCGAUCCACCGAAACCCUCCCACGCUGCCACCAUGUCCGCCGCCGUCGCCGCCCCAGUCCUGCGCGAGGACGACAGGGGGAUCCCCCGAUCCCUUCCCCUCCUCGCGGCGCUCGUGGAGGCGGAGGCCCGCCGCUACGCCGCCGCCGUCGCCUCCCGACCCGCCGAGACCGGCCUCGUCCGCGCCUUCCGCGGCGGCGCGGCCCCCAGGGUCCCCAUCCGCGCCUUCCUGGAGCGGAUUCACCUGCUGACCCGGUCGAUGCCGUCCACCCGCGGCAUGGUCCGGAUCGACGGCACCUGCUUCGUGCUCGCCGGUAUCUACCUGACUCGCUUCGUCCGCUGCCCCGCCGGCAGGGAGGCGGGGAUCCUGGUGGAGCCGGCCACCGCGCACCGCCUGGUGGCCGCCGCGGUCUUCAUCGGCGCCAAGUUCGGCUGCCACCCGCCCAGGAGGUGGACCGCGGUGUUUGAGGCCAGCACGGAAGGCGCGAUCCGCGCCGGCGAGAUGGCGGGCCUCGAGGACCGCUUCCUGCGCGCCAUUGAGUUCCGCCUGUUCGUGGACAGCCAUGGGUUCGACGGGUUUUGCCAGAUCCUAGAGCGGGGGCCUCGGGCGCCAAGCGGCGGCUGCGCCUGCAAGAAGAGGCAGGCUGACGCGGCGGCCGGAGAGGAGGACGAGCGCCGCCGCGUCCGCGCUCGCCUGCCGCCCCCUGUCGUCUUGUCCAAUUAGGAUUUGAAUUUCAAAUUUUGCAUUCAAUUCACUUAAGAAUUCUUGUGGUUUUAGUUUCUUUUGAUUGCUCGUCUGUCUAUUUUGCUGCAGAUGUGCAAAGCUGCGAGUAGAAGAUCUCCCGGGUGGAGAAGGCGUCGUCUAGCGUCCGAUCAGGGUUCAGCUGAUCGUCACCGGAGUCUAGAGUGGAGAGGAGUCAAGCAAAUUUUAGCGGCUGUUGGCUCAGGGAAAGAGUUUAUUACUAGUACGUGGUUUUCAAGAUUUGGAGUCAAUAAAAAGAGCACAGUAAUGUGUGUGCAAAGCUGCGAGUAGAAGAUCUCCAGGUUGGAGAAGGCGUCGUCUAGCGUCUGAUCAGGGUUCAGCUGCUCGUCACCAUAGUCUGGAGUGGAUAGGUGGAGAGGAGUCAAGCAAAUUUUAGCGGCUGUUGGCUCAGGGAAACAGUUUAUUACUAGUACGUGGUUUUCAAGAUUUGGAGUCAAUAAAAAGAGCACAAUAAUGUGUUUUGUACGUUGAAGUUUUAGUGGUUAGUCUGUUUAUUACUACUACUAGUAGUUGUUUUUUCAAGAUUUGGAGUCAAUAAAAAGGGCACAAAACUUUUAGUGUUUAUACUGCUGGAGCUACUGCUAACUCAGUGAGAGUUUAUUGUCCUUUAGUUCUGUCAGAUGUCACUUACAAGUGGAGUACUGGAUUUACUUGUGAUUAGGAUGUUGUUUUUCAUUACCGGAUUUCUGUCUGAUUCUUUUCUUCUGUGUAAGACUUUCAGAUCAAUAAAAGGGGGAAUAAUGUGUUGCUCUUUCUGUA